CACGAUGAUAAAACAGACUACAGUAAGCAUUUUACUUUUCAUCCUCGCAUUUGCCAUGUACACAACGGCAAAAAAGUGCGAGGACCGUAUUGCUGCAAAAACUUGCCAGUACUUUAUCAAAAUUUAUGGCAGAAAAAACAUUGAUGUCUGCAAGUGGAAACACAUGAGGUCUAACUGCGCUUUGACUUGCAAACUUUGCGUACCCAGACCAAAGUGUGCAACAUCACAAAGCAGAUACGGCUGCUGCUGGGACAAGAAGACAGAAGCAAAGUCUUACGCAGGCGAGGGAUGCCCAGAAUGUAAAGACAGAUACCCGAACUACUGCAGACAACGCGUCAAACGAUUCUCCAAAGAAAAAGCCUGCAAUGAACGAGGAAACGAAAUGUGCCCUAAAAGCUGUGGAGUGUGCAAGAUCAAGGCUGCUGCUCAAGCGCUGCCUGAAUGUCUAAAUUCCCUUUAUGGUUGCUGCUGGGAUCAUACCGCUGCCCUGGGACCUGGAGGAGAGGGAUGUAGAGUUUGUGCGAACCUUUAUACCAGACUUUGCAGUUUGUGGAAUAAAUACUGCCAGCCACAAGCCUACAAGUUUGUUAAGGAAAGCGUGAUUGAUAGGUACAGAUACAGCUGUCCCGUCACCUGCGGAAAAUGCAAAAUGGGACAGAAGAAGCUGGAUAUUUCUUCCCUACGAAGACUUUGACAGACCUGAACGAAGUAUGCCCUCUAUGAAUGGGAAGAAAAGAUGAAGAAUCCAUGGAUGAGAGGCUAUCAAAAUGAAGAAAUUACUUAUAACAAUUCGAAAUGAAAAUCACUUAUCAUGCAGUAAAUAUAUCAAACAUCGAAAUUUGCAUUGUAAGCAGAAGAAACCUGUACAGUUUUAGAAAAAGAGAGUGUUAUUUAAUAAUUAUUUAUGAAACGUUUUCUUAC